AUGCCUGAUUACCCAACGGUGUACGCAACAUGCCACUGUCAUGCGCACCGUUUCCCCGUAUUCCUCGAUCCUAGUACUCUGCCCAAAUCCGAGGCUUGUUGUCACUGCGAUGUCUGUCGUCACUCCGCCGGAGUGCCGUUCGUAACCUGCAUUCGCAUUCCGCACGCUCUCUUUCCUCUGACGGCCCCCGACCCGGACAAUACAACUCGGAGCAACGCAGGGGAUGGACAUGAUACUGCCCUCCCCAAAGGAAUCACAUCCUAUCGUUCGUCUGGUCAUGCUGCGCGGUACUUCUGCAGUAUCUGCGGCUGUCACAUCGCCAUGCACUUUUGCAAUCAAUGGUUCCUCUCCGUGGGAUGCAUUACUUUUCCCUCUCUUCCAGAACCGGGUCUGCAAGAAGAAGAGAUGCGCGCUGUGGAUGGAAUUUACAAGAUCAGCUGGCAUCAGUACCUGGAAGACACGGGCGACGGCGGAAUCAUGAAACUGAUGGAUGAUGGUCUUCCGCGUUAUGCCAUCAGGACGGACGGAGCACUCUUCUCCAUUCGCACUUCCAAUGCUCCUGCACCAACUCACAGCUCCGACGCGCCUAUCAAGACCAAGACGGGAGAUGUUCUCACGGCUCGCUGUCGGUGCGGCUCGGUGCGGGCCUCCAUCCUCCGUCCAUCUGCCAUCCCUUCUGGCCCGGGCGUAGCGAAGCGCGGGAGCUCUGACGGUCAGCGCUGGCUUAGUGGUCACUGUAUGUGCACCGACUGCCGACUCACGUCAGGAUACCCCGUCUCGAGCUGGACGUAUGUGGGCCGUGAGCAUUUGAAGCUCGAAGGGGAGGGGUUGGUGUAUUACCAGAGUUCGCAGCGGGCGAAGAGAGGGUUCUGCAGGACUUGCGGCGCGAGUGUGAUGUGGGACGGCGGAGGGGAUACGGUAGACAUCGCGACGGCAUUGUUUGAACGGAACGAAGGAGAGGGGGUGAGCGCAGUAGAGAGGGAAUGGACGUGGUUGGAGGGAGGCGUGAGUUUCGCUGGAGAUGCGAGGGACCGAGGAAUGAAGGCAAAUGCGAGCACAGGCGCUUAG